GUGCGGAAGAGGUUCCGAGGAGCAGGUAGGUACAUAUGUAUGGACUACUAUGCUAUGCUAUGUGGUAGUGCGGCUGCGUUCGAUGCAUAUGUCUAUACUACCUUAGCACAUUCUGCUGCAUCGUACACUAUGCAUCGUAUGCAUCGUGCUACAUAAUGCUAUAAUACCGAUUGCAAGAUGACUGCUGGCUAUCCCUAUUAGAGUGGGGUUUCUGUCCAUAAGGAUGUGAUAGAGAUGCAGACUUAGUUGCAGGUAUAGUGUUGAUCUAUUGCUCUCUAGGGCUUCUAGGCGAUAGUUCUUCUCAACUUGGAAAACUUGAAGUUGUUCAGCACCGUCCAAGAAAAAAAAUGCCCUCUUAGAAUCAUCGUCUAAGGUACAUGACCUUACUUACCCUAGGUACUUAUGCAGUCAGCAACCCAUCUAAAGCAGAUUCGUUCCUCUUAUAUCUAUCGAAAACCUUGACUAAACCACAUCGCCACUUCAAACACAACACACCACACAAGUUUAAGAUUGCCUUUACCAAAAAUCGUCUCGUUCCAUCGCUCCAAAAUGUCCAAGGAACCACAUUAUACCAUGCUCCUCUUCUUCAAACGCAACCCAGAUCUCAGCCCCGCUGAAUUCAGGGAAUACUAUGAGGCCCAGCACGCCUCACUGGUCAAAGAAAUUGCUAAGACGUCCAAAGGAUUGCUAACUUAUAAGCGGCGCUAUCUCGAUCACGAAGCUUCGGAUCCGUCUCUGGGCAAUCCAUUCACCGUCUUUUAUGAGCCAGCGCCGACGGUACCCUACGACAUGGUGAAUGAGGUCACCUUUGAGACCAAAGCAGACGCGGUUGAGUUCGCGAGGCGGAUGUAUGAGAUUGAGGACACCUCGAAAAAAGUAUUGAACGACGAGACCACGCUUUUCGUCAAGAGCUCAAUGAGGGGUAUGAUUGUCGAGGAGGUUGUUUAAAGGGAGGAGUACCCUAGAAUCGGAGUGGUAGGGGAAGGACUGGCAUAUCGGCACGGAAUAGGACCGCUACCAUCUAUUCGCUACCUACCCUAGGCACUAUAACUACCAUACAUACAUACCAGUAUGAUACCACCUAUUACAUAGUAGGUAGGUAUGUAUGUACGAACGGAAUAUAGCCGCGACUUAUUACUACCUAACCUGCUAUUUAUUUAACAAUGUGUGUGUGUCUUAAGUUCUAGUGUACAUACUUAGGUUAGGUAUGUAUGCAGGUGUGUAGUGUAGUUCAAAGGGGGAGGGGGGUAUGUAUUAUUGGCGAGCCAAACCUGACAAAAUCUCGUCACGAGGUGGAGUCCUUUUUUUUAUGUAAAGACUACAAUUAUUACACUGUACAUAAGGUAGGUAGUUAGUUAGUGUGUGU